AGCUGCCGGCGGGAGGGCGCGCGGUCCCCGCCCUUCCCCGAGGCGUGCCGCGUCCUCCGGACUCUCCCCAGGGCUAGGCUGUUGUACAGGUCUCCUUGGCAAGGGGUUUUGCAACUGGCAGCUGGAUUUUUUUUCCCCUCCCCUGUCUCGGUCUCUCCUUCUUUUAGGUUGCUCCACCCCGCCCAGGAUCAGGCUAGGGGGAACCGGCUUGGCUGCAGCUGCCAACCCGCGCCGAGUGCGCCUGCGAACUCCGCGCGCAGCCGCCUGCGUGCCGGGCGCGCUCAGCUCGCUGCUCCGGACACCGGGGCCUGCUCCACGCAACCCUUCCCCACUUUUACCCCUCUUUGCAAUUACAUGGCGUUUUAAGAAUGCCGGAAAGAUGGCGGUAGCUGCGGCGGCGGCAGCGGCAGCGGCUGGGCCGGCCGGUGGGGGAGCCGGCCGGGCUCAGCGGAGCGGGCUGCUGGAAGUUUUGGUGCGGGAUCGCUGGCACAAAGUUCUGGUGAACUUGAGCGAAGACGCCCUGGUUCUGAGCUGCGAGGAGGGCGCUGCGGCGUACAACGGCAUCGGAACUACCACCAAUAAUGGUUCGUUCUGCAGGGGCGCCGGGGCCGGGCACCCAGGAGCGGGCGGCGCGCAACCCCCGGACUCGCCCGCCGGAGUCCGCACAGCCUUUACCGACCUGCCCGAGCAGGUGCCCGAGUCUAUCUCGAACCAGAAGCGCGGGGUAAAAGUGCUGAAGCAGGAACUGGGUGGCCUGGGCAUCAGCAUCAAGGGGGGCAAGGAGAACAAGAUGCCGAUCCUUAUCAGCAAGAUCUUCAAGGGGCUGGCGGCCGACCAGACCCAAGCCCUGUACGUGGGAGACGCCAUCCUGUCCGUGAACGGAGCCGACUUGCGGGACGCCACCCAUGACGAGGCGGUGCAGGCUCUGAAGCGCGCUGGCAAAGAAGUACUGCUGGAAGUGAAGUACAUGCGGGAAGCCACUCCCUACGUGAAGAAAGGAUCGCCUGUUUCAGAGAUAGGAUGGGAAACACCACCACCGGAAUCCCCUCGGUUAGGGGGCAGCUCCUCAGACCCUCUGUCGUCACAGCCCUUCUCCUUCCAUAGAGACCGGAAAAGCAUCCCCCUCAAAAUGUGCUAUGUCACACGGAGUAUGGCCUUGGCUGACCCUGAGAACAGGCAGCUUGAAAUCCACUCUCCAGAUGCUAAGCAUACAGUGAUCCUAAGGAGUAAGGACUCAGCUACUGCCCUGGCUUGGUUCAGUGCUAUCCAUUCCAACGUUAGUGACCUGCUGAGCCGAGUGAUGGUGGAGGUGAAGGAGCAACUGGGGAAAACCGGCAUUGCCGGGGGCCGAGAAAUCAGACAUCUUGGCUGGCUUGCAGAAAAGGUGCCAGGUGAGAGUGAGAAACCGUGGAAAGCAGCCCUGGUUGUGCUGACUGAAAAGGACCUUCUCAUCUAUGAGAACAUGCCACGGAGGAAGGAAGCCUGGCUCAGCCCUGUUCACUCAUACCCACUUCUUGCCACCAGGCUGGUUCAUUCAGGUCCAGGGAAGGGAUCACCCCAGGUUGGUGUGGAUCUAUCUUUUGCGACGCGCACUGGUACCAGGCAAGGGAUUGAAACACAUCUCUUCCGGGCAGAGACCAGCAGGGACCUCUCCCAUUGGACAAGAAGCAUAGUACAGGGUUGCCACAACUCGGCCGAACUCACUACUGAAAUCAGCACAGCUUGCACCUAUAAAAACCAGGAGUGCCGCUUGACCGUACAUUAUGAGAAUGGAUUUUCUAUUACCACUGAACCUCAGGAAGGUGCCUUUGCCAAGACAAUCAUACAGUCUCCGUAUGAAAAACUGAAAAUGUCCUCAGAUGAUGGAAUCAGGAUGCUCUAUUUAGAUUUUGGUGGCAAAGAAGGAGAGAUUCAACUGGACCUUCACUCCUGUCCCAAGCCGGUUGUUUUCAUCAUCCAUUCCUUCCUGUCAGCUAAGAUCACAAGACUGGGCUUGGUGGCCUGAACAGGGAGGCUGCUU